AAGCUACAUGUCAUCCCUCACUAGUGAGCACCAUAAAUAGAGGAAAUGGGAGUUGAUUGAUGGCAUGCAAACAGUGUACAGAAACUAAAAACUGUACUCAACAUAUCAGAAAUUAAGAUCAAAUGGCGAGCUUAAGGCAAGAACAGCUCAGACUUGGACACAGCAACCGCAUAGCUGCUGUUAAUUUAGAGGGCCAGACCCCUUCUCCCGUUGAUCAUCAUCAUCAAAAGGACCCAAAUACUCACCAGAAACCUUGGUGGAGAAACUUCCUAUCAUAUGUAGGACCUGGCUUUCUGGUUUCUUUGGCUUAUCUUGAUCCUGGCAAUUUAGAAACCGAUAUGCAGGCUGGAGCAAACCACGGUUAUGAGGUCAUUAAAUAAAUUAAAGGACAAAAAUAUUAUUAUUAUUUAUAUUUUUUUUAUAUCAAUAAGAUA